AUGGACACACAGAACAGCACAGCCGAUGAGGAUGAAGAUGGCUGGUAUGCCAUAAUCGGGCUGCGGACGGGAAAUAGCACUGAAGAGGACAAUCAUCUGAGAAUCGAAGCACCUGAGUUCCACCCAGACAAUGACAUGACUCAGGAGGGUGAGGAGCACGACACAGACGACGAGACAAGGGCACAUGUGGCACCAGAAGCCGAGGCGCCAGAGGACCGGGCUGAGAAAGUCGACGGUCAGGAUGAUGUGUUGUCUGAGUCCAGCUCCAGUGACCAGGAGAAUCCGGUCGACACCCCAGCUAAACAAUUGAACAAGGAGGAGUUCAUCAGAAUGUCCACAGGUCAUGUUCUGAAGGAGGUGUUCAUCAGAAUGUCCACAGGUCAUGUUCUGAAGGAGGAGUUCAUCAGAAUGUCCACAGGUCAUGUUCUGAAGGAGGAGGUCAUCAGAAUGUCCACAGGUCAUGUUCUGAAGGAGGAGUUCAUCAGAAUGUCCACAGGUCAUGUUCUGAAGGAGGUGUUCAUCAGAAUGUCCACAGGUCAUGUUCUGAAGGAGGUGUUCAUCAGAAUGUCCACAGGUCAUGUUCUGAAGGAGGUGUUCAUCAGAAUGUCCACAGGUCAUGUUCUGAAGGAGGAGUUCAUCAGAAUGUCCACAGGUCAUGUUCUGAAGGAGGUGUUCAUCAGAAUGUUCACUGGUCAUGUUCUGAAGGAGGAGUUCAUCAGAAUGUCCACAGGUCAUGUUCUGAAGGAGGAGUUCAUCAGAAUGUCCACAGGUCAUGUUCUGAAGGAGGUGUUCAUCAGAAUGUCCACAGGUCAUGUUCUGAAGGAGGUGUUCAUCAGAAUGUCCACAGGUCAUGUUCUGAAGGAGGAGUUCAUCAGAAUGUCCACAGGUCAUGUUCUGAAGGAGGAGUUCAUCAGAAUGUCCACAGGUCAUGUUCUGAAGGAGGAGUUCAUCAGAAUGUCCACAGGUCAUGUUCUGAAGGAGGUGUUCAUCAGAAUGUCCACAGGUCAUGUUCUGAAGGAGGAGUUCAUCAGAAUGUCCACAGGUCAUGUUCUGAAGGAGGAGUUCAUCAGAAUGUCCACAGGUCAUGUUCUGAAGGAGGUGUUCAUCAGAAUGUCCACAGGUCAUGUUCUGAAGGAGGUGUUCAUCAGAAUGUCCACAGGUCAUGUUCUGAAGGAGGAGUUCAUCAGAAUGUCCACAGGUCAUGUUCUGAAGGAGGUGUUCAUCAGAAUGUCCACAGGUCAUGUUCUGAAGGAGGAGGUCAUCAGAAUGUCCACAGGUCAUGUUCUGAAGGAGGAGUUCAUCAGAAUGUCCACAGGUCAUGUUCUGAAGGAGGUGUUCAUCAGAAUGUCCACAGGUCAUGUUCUGAAGGAGGAGUUCAUCAGAAUGUCCACAGGUCAUGUUCUGAAGGAGGUGUUCAUCAGAAUGUCCACAGGUCAUGUUCUGAAGGAGGAGUUCAUCAGAAUGUCCACAGGUCAUGUUCUGAAGGAGGUGUUCAUCAGAAUGUCCACAGGUCAUGUUCUGAAGGAGGUGUUCAUCAGAAUGUCCACAGGUCAUGUUCUGAAGGAGGAGGUCAUCAGAAUGUCCACAGGUCAUGUUCUGAAGGAGGUGUUCAUCAGAAUGUCCACAGGUCAUGUUCUGAAGGAGGUGUUCAUCAGAAUGUCCACAGGUCAUGUUCUGAAGGAGGUGUUCAUCAGAAUGUCCACAGGUCAUGUUCUGAAGGAGGUGUUCAUCAGAAUGUCCACAGGUCAUGUUCUGAAGGAGGUGUUCAUCAGAAUGUCCACAGGUCAUGUUCUGAAGGAGGUGUUCAUCAGAAUGUCCACAGGUCAUGUUCUGAAGGAGGAGUUCAUCAGAAUGUCCACAGGUCAUGUUCUGAAGGAGGUGUUCAUCAGAAUGUCCACAGGUCAUGUUCUGAAGGAGGUGUUCAUCAGAAUGUCCACAGGUCAUGUUCUGAAGGAGGUGUUCAUCAGAAUGUCCACAGGUCAUGUUCUGAAGGAGGUGUUCAUCAGAAUGUCCACAGGUCAUGUUCUGAAGGAGGUGUUCAUCAGAAUGUCCACAGGUCAUGUUCUGAAGGAGGAGUUCAUCAGAAUGUCCACAGGUCAUGUUCUGAAGGAGGUGUUCAUCAGAAUGUCCACAGGUCAUGUUCUGAAGGAGGUGUUCAUCAGAAUGUCCACAGGUCAUGUUCUGAAGGAGGUGUUCAUCAGAAUGUCCACAGGUCAUGUUCUGAAGGAGGUGUUCAUCAGAAUGUCCACAGGUCAUGUUCUGAAGGAGGAGUUCAUCAGAAUGUCCACAGGUCAUGUUCUGAAGGAGGAGUUCAUCAGAAUGUCCACAGGUCAUGUUCUGAAGGAGGUGUUCAUCAGAAUGUCCACAGGUCAUGUUCUGAAGGAGGUGUUCAUCAGAAUGUCCACAGGUCAUGUUCUGAAGGAGGUGUUCAUCAGAAUGUCCACAGGUCAUGUUCUGAAGGAGGAGUUCAUCAGAAUGUCCACAGGUCAUGUUCUGAAGGAGGUGUUCAUCAGAAUGUCCACAGGUCAUGUUCUGAAGGAGGUGUUCAUCAGAAUGUCCACAGGUCAUGUUCUGAAGGAGGAGUUCAUCAGAAUGUCCACAGGUCAUGUUCUGAAGGAGGAGGUCAUCAGAAUGUCCACAGGUCAUGUUCUGAAGGAGGAGUUCAUCAGAAUGUCCACAGGUCAUGUUCUGAAGGAGGUGUUCAUCAGAAUGUCCACAGGUCAUGUUCUGAAGGAGGUGUUCAUCAGAAUGUCCACAGGUCAUGUUCUGAAGGAGGUGUUCAUCAGAAUGUCCACAGGUCAUGUUCUGAAGGAGGAGUUCAUCAGAAUGUCCACAGGUCAUGUUCUGAAGGAGGUGUUCAUCAGAAUGUCCACAGGUCAUGUUCUGAAGGAGGUGUUCAUCAGAAUGUCCACAGGUCAUGUUCUGAAGGAGGUGUUCAUCAGAAUGUCCACAGGUCAUGUUCUGAAGGAGGUGUUCAUCAGAAUGUCCACAGGUCAUGUUCUGAAGGAGGUGUUCAUCAGAAUGUCCACAGGUCAUGUUCUGAAGGAGGUGUUCAUCAGAAUGUCCACUGGUCAUGUUCUGAAGGAGGAGUUCAUCAGAAUGUCCACAGGUCAUGUUCUGAAGGAGGUGUUCAUCAGAAUGUCCACAGGUCAUGUUCUGAAGGAGGAGUUCAUCAGAAUGUCCACAGGUCAUGUUCUGAAGGAGGUGUUCAUCAGAAUGUCCACAGGUCAUGUUCUGAAGGAGGUGUUCAUCAGAAUGUCCACAGGUCAUGUUCUGAAGGAGGUGUUCAUCAGAAUGUCCACAGGUCAUGUUCUGAAGGAGGUGUUCAUCAGAAUGUCCACAGGUCAUGUUCUGAAGGAGGUGUUCAUCAGAAUGUCCACAGGUCAUGUUCUGAAGGAGGUGUUCAUCAGAAUGUCCACAGGUCAUGUUCUGAAGGAGGUGUUCAUCAGAAUGUCCACAGGUCAUGUUCUGAAGGAGGUGUUCAUCAGAAUGUCCACAGGUCAUGUUCUGAAGGAGGAGUUCAUCAGAAUGUCCACAGGUCAUGUUCUGAAGGAGGAGUUCAUCAGAAUGUCCACAGGUCAUGUUCUGAAGGAGGUGUUCAUCAGAAUGUCCACAGGUCAUGUUCUGAAGGAGGUGUUCAUCAGAAUGUCCACAGGUCAUGUUCUGAAGGAGGAGUUCAUCAGAAUGUCCACAGGUCAUGUUCUGAAGGAGGUGUUCAUCAGAAUGUCCACUGGUCAUGUUCUGAAGGAGGUGUUCAUCAGAAUGUCCACAGGUCAUGUUCUGAAGGAGGUGUUCAUCAGAAUGUCCACAGGUCAUGUUCUGAAGGAGGUGUUCAUCAGAAUGUCCACAGGUCAUGUUCUGAAGGAGGAGGUCAUCAGAAUGUCCACAGGUCAUGUUCUGAAGGAGGAGUUCAUCAGAAUGUCCACAGGUCAUGUUCUGAAGGAGGUGUUCAUCAGAAUGUCCACAGGUCAUGUUCUGAAGGAGGUGUUCAUCAGAAUGUCCACAGGUCAUGUUCUGAAGGAGGUGUUCAUCAGAAUGUCCACAGGUCAUGUUCUGAAGGAGGAGUUCAUCAGAAUGUCCACAGGUCAUGUUCUGAAGGAGGUGUUCAUCAGAAUGUCCACAGGUCAUGUUCUGAAGGAGGUGUUCAUCAGAAUGUCCACAGGUCAUGUUCUGAAGGAGGAGUUCAUCAGAAUGUCCACAGGUCAUGUUCUGAAGGAGGUGUUCAUCAGAAUGUCCACAGGUCAUGUUCUGAAGGAGGUGUUCAUCAGAAUGUCCACAGCUUCCACUGCUGCUCUGCGUCUGACCCGUACCUCUGACCGCUUCCACCGGGAAUCAGGCCUCAUUUACGGCGGUCCCCAUCUGGCUCUGACGGCGGCGGUCGUAGCUCAUGCUUAUCUCCUGAAGCAGCAGUUCUACCCCACAGUGGUUUACCUCACCAAGAGCAGCCCCAGCAUGGCCGUCCUCUACAUUCAGGCCUUUGUUCUGGUCUUUCUCUUGGGGAAGUUCAUGAGGAAGGUGUUCUUUGGACAGCUCCGAGCGGCAGAGAUGGAGCACCUGGUAGAGCGUUCCUGGUAUGCAGUGACAGAGACGUGCCUGGCCUUCACCGUGUUCAGAGACGACUUUUCUCCGCGCUUUGUGGCUCUGUUCACUCUGCUGCUGUUCCUCAAGUGUUUUCACUGGUUAGCAGAGGACCGCGUGGACUAUAUGGAGCGCAGUCCAAACAUCUCCUGGCUCUUCCACAUGAGAGUUUUAUCCUUGAUGGUCCUCCUCGCCAUCAUGGACUUCCUGUUUGUGAGCCACGCCUGCCACAGCAUCAUCACCAGAGGAGCCUCUGUACAACUGGUCUUUGGAUUUGAGUAUGCGAUCCUUCUGACCAUGGUCCUCACAACGUUCAUAAAGUACGUGCUGCACUCGGUGGAUCUGCAAAGUGACAACCCCUGGGACAACAAGGCUGUCUACAUGUUAUACACAGAACUGCUCACAGGUUUCAUCAAAGUCCUCCUGUACAUCGCCUUCAUGACGAUCAUGAUCAAAGUGCACACGUUCCCUCUGUUCGCCAUCAGACCCAUGUACCUGUCCAUGAGGUGA